AUUGCAAUCAUGCGCUGAACGUGAUGGCGGCUUCUGGGAAGCUGGAGGAGAUUGUGGCCAAGCAGCAGAAAGAGUUACAACGGAAACAGCAGGAGCUGAUGAAGGCAGCAGCCGCAAUGCAACAGGUCUUCUCAGCACUGAGGAGAUGAGGCUGUCCGCUGACCUAAACUUUCCUUCUUUUGCAUUUAUAAUGAACUUUGAUAUUUUUAGAACAAAUUAUUAACUGCAUUUUAUAUAGUUUUAUUGAUUUUAUUUUUUUUAGUUGAUAAACUAUUUGAGGAGAUUUUGAUGUAUAUACAAUAUAUAAACUGACCCACAAUAAUUAUUUUAAUCAUGACUGGAUUUUAUUUCUGUAUUGGGUUUUAUGUAGAUCUGUGUAUUUAUGAAUAUCUCACAACCUGGUUCUAAAAGGAACUUGUAUCUACAUCCCUCAUUUAUACAACUUAAACCAAGCUAGAUUCAAUAAUGUGGCAGUUUACAGCCGAGUAUUUAGCUUUGUUUGUGUUUAUUUUCUGUAUCCAGUUUGCACAGUUUAAUCCAGAUGUCUGGUUUGCAUGAGGGAUGAAAGAGGAAUUUGUCUUUAGUCUGGAUCAAAAUUUCUUCUUAAAACUGUUACUUACUUAAACUGAUAAUGAUAUUGUUAAAGUGAAAUAUGCUGGUGUGUGAACGUUUGUGACAAUUUUGUCGGCAUUCCUUCAACGUGGUAUGAAUGAUAAAUAAAUAAGAUGCUAAAUA